CUCAGUGGACCUGUUGCUCCAUGACUUGCUCUGUUCAAACGCGCCAAUCCAUCCAUUGAAUAAUGCAUGAGCCGUCGAUAAACCAUCGCGUUUCAGACAGCUUUGAUAUUAGUGCUUUAAGAGGGCCGUGUAGACAGGAGUACUUUGCACUUCAAAGCGCUAGUGGUCUGCUAACGUAAAAGUGCUAAAAAAUGGACAUGAAUAGACACACCCCACAGCUUUUCCAGCCUGUUUAUACUUGCGAAUGUCCCUACUGCACCACCUCAAGUACCCCUGUGGACACAUUCCACAUUAGUCCACGACUAAUCCGUUAUCAACACGAGAUUUCAGUGGUAAACGCUGAAUGGGAAACUGGACAUGAGCUAGCAGGAUGGAGAUGUGCAAUAUCUAAGGAUUGCUUGACCAAGCACGGUUACGUACAAACGGUGAUGCCAUUAAAUCAAAGACGAUCCAGUAAAUUGCCAAGCAGAACUAUACCGAAGCUUGUGAAAAUUAAACCCAACUCAAAGAACACUAACCAAUUGCAUGAGCGACAGGCGAGAUCAGCUAGGAAUAAUACCAUCGAAGCGAAUUUCCCUACAAGAAGAAAUCAAAAUGUCACACGGGAAAUCGCGGAUGACGCCAAACAACAUGUUCGAGUCCCUGUCACGGCACGCAUUUGCACUACUGUCACGCCAGUUGUUUCCGCGCCUGUAACGUUUAAGAAUGAAAUAAAAGACGAAAUACCUUACGUGGUCUGGAAUAAUGGCUCGCCUCCUGUAGGAGACUUUAAAGACGGGUGGAGACCACAAGAGAGCACUUCGCCCUCAAAAUGUGAUUCUUCCAGUUCAUUUCUACACUUCCUGAAGAAGAAGAACAUUUCGUGGGGGUUCGAUGAACUGGGUUGCAAUAGCACGAGGAAUAGCUCACGUGGGCCGCAAGAGUUACUUCUAGAAGGACACUCUCACGAACAACAUGGGGAACUUAAAGGAAGUGGAGAAACCGUCUUUUACAGCCCGCGGGCUCAUGCAAGUGACACUCCAUCAAAGAAACCAACAAAGAAUUUGACGAUGGAGAGCAGCACAUUCAAAGAGUCUGAAAAAGAUGUGCUAAUGGCAUCACUUGACAUCAAGGAUAAGAAACAUGUAAAUACCCUUGUCACGUCUGACAUCAAGCCAGCUGUCACGGGGGCUUUCCCCGCCACACAAUCUACAGGAAACACAAUCACUAAGGCAACUUGUACUUGCAGUUUUUGCGGGAAGAGUUUUGGAAACCCUCGCGCUCUGGAACUGCACGUGCGCCGCCAUUCCGGUCAUCGACCCUAUGACUGCCAGUUCUGUUCCAAGUCAUUCUUUCAGCCAUCCGAGCGGGCCGUUCACAUGCGCACGCAUACAGGGGCACGGCCGUACCGCUGUCCUUACUGCCUCAAGCUUUUUCGAUACUCUGGUGACUUGAAGCAGCAUAUAAAUAUUCACACUGGUCAGCGCCCUUACCAGUGCGAGUCAUGCUCGAAAGCGUUCACAAAUCACAGCACAUUACGUCAACACAGGCGAAUCCAUACCGGGGAACGACCGUAUAAGUGUGAGAUAUGCGACAGAACGUACCGAUACCACUCUUCCCUCAAGCAGCACUUGGCCACACACACUAGCAUGGCUAGGAAAGGCGGGAAAGAGACACAGGUAUCCCAUGCCACACACGAUAGCCUGGCUAGGCAGGACGGGUAAGAGACACAGGUAUCCCAUGCCACACACACUAGCAUGGCUAGAUGGGCACAGGUAUCCCAUCCCACACACACUAGCAUGGCUAGGUGGGCGCAGGUAUCCCAUGCCACACACACUAGCAUGGUUAGGUGGGCGCAGGUAUCCCAUGCCACACAUACUAGCAUGGUUAGGUGGGCGCAGGUAUCCCAUGCCACACACACUAGCAUGGUUAGGUGGGCGCAGGUAUCCCAUGCCACACAUACUAGCAUGGUUAGGUGGGCGCAGGUAUCCCAUGCCACACACACUAGCAUGGUUAGGUGGGCACAGGUAUCCCAUGCCACACAUACUAGCAUGGCUAGAUGGGCACAGGUAUCCCAUGCCACACACACUAGCAUGGCUAGGUGGGCACAGGUAUCCCACGCCAUGGCUUUUUAUAGGUAAUAGGAUGGUAAAAAAUACAGUGAUAAGAAAGCAAGUUUUAGUCGGUUUCAAAGGAUUUUAUUUAGAGGAUUUUUUAAUAGUUAAAACUAUUCAAUAGCUAUAAAACCUUAGUGCCUAUAUUUUAUUUUAUGUGAUUUUCUUACUGUAGAACUCUUUCUUCCUUGUAAUCUAGUGUCAGUAAAGACCAUAAAAAUGAAUGAAAUAUGUAGAUGAGGGAAGUGCAACAUUAAUAAAUUGUAUAAUAAUUGUAA